GACCUGCUCUUCGGCCCCCACGCGAUGGACCCCGACCAGGAGGCGAUCAUCGACGACCGGCAUGCACAGGAGGUGGCCAUUCGCAGUGCAGCACGUGCCGCCUACUACCAUGUACAGACUGACGAACGAGUUCGCCGAGCUCUUUCUGGGCGGACGAGGGUGGUCAGCCGCGCACCGGAGUGCGGCGAGCGGGUGUUCUACUACAGGAAGACCAAGAACAACAAGCGCGGUGUUUGGAUGGGGCCAGGAACCGUGAUCGGCUACGAGGGCGUCAAUGCUUGGGUGACACGCGGCGGCCGGUGCGUGUUAUGCGCUCCGGAACACCUUCGUUUGGCUACGCCGGAAGAACUCGGGCAAGCCUUCUGCCUACGAGCCGCCCGAGAGGACUUGGACAAGCUCCUAAACGCUGAGGACGAAGAGGAAGUCUUCGACGAGGGGGAGCCCGACGCCGGGGGCAUCGGCGACAUGGUUCUUGACGAGGACGAGGCCGACGAAGACCACGUGAUGGCCGAAUUGGCUCACGGCGAGCCCGAGGCUGAUCGACAUGGAGUUCGACGAGGACCAGAGGACCCGCCCCCGGUCGUUCUCAAGACGCAACGGCGCAAAGGAGCCCUGGAAAAAGAAAUACCAUGGGCCCUCAUGCCCGAGGGGAUGAGGCCCAGCUUCCGCGCCGCCGAGGGCAAGCAGUGGUCCGAGCAUGAGAACAACCAGGCGAUCACUGUGCUCUCUGUGGCGGAGAGUGAGCGGAUCCGAGCGACUGUGCCCGCUGAGCGCAUCCUGAACACCCGCUACGCUUAUAAAGAUAAGCAUAUGGGGUUACGACGCGUCCAACCGGACGCUCCAUGGAAGCCGAAGGUCUUCACUGCUCACGGUCCUACAGGUGAGUGCGUCAAAGCAAUGGCAGCUCGCCGCCGGCGAUGUUCAGGCGGCUUUCUGUCGAGCUUCGUCGUGAACUGUGGAUAUCCCAGCCGAAUUAAGGGCGGCGUGGAAGGCUUGGACCCGAGGCAGAUCGCGAAGGUCAACAAGGGCAUCUUUGGCCUCAUAGAGUCCCCCCGGAUGUGGUACGACCGCAUAUCUGGAGUGUUGACCACCGAGGUCUUUGUCUACGACGGGAACACCUACAAGCUGGUCCAGAGCCCAUUGGACCCGUGCGUCUUCAUGCUGCUACAGGAGGGAGAGCCCAGGGAGCCCGAGGCCCUUCUCACGGUGCACGUCGACGACAUCCUCAUAGGAGCCCCCGCCCCGCUGAAUAAGUUCCUACAGACCGAGAUAAGCCGCCUGUUCCCGGUCGACGGCUGGAUCGAGGGCGCCUUUGAGUACUCCGAGGAAGGGGUGACCGUGAAUCAGGCCUCCUUUGUCGACGGCAGGCUGUUCACUAUAGAGGUGCCUAGGAACCAGGACGGCAAGGCCCCGGCUGGGCGCACUGAGCUGGCUUAG